AUCCGGUGGGCGGCGCGGCGGCAGUCAGGAACGCGCCCUCCUGGAAGCAGCGCGAGCCAGCUCCGCCACCGCCAGCCCAUCACCCGCGAGGGAGGCGCCACACCACAGCCGAAAGCAACACCCCCGCCAGGAAAACUAUGAACCGGAAUGAGGCAGUCCUUGAAGCGGGCUCGGCGGGCGAGCCGCUACCGAUGUCCAGUCCGUCGGCCCUGCCUAGGAAGCUGGCCUCCCUGCUGCCCGUCGUGGACCAGGGCUGCUGCUGCACCCUGCUUACCUGUUGCAAGAUUCAGGGCUGGGUGUCGCUGGUUGGCGGCGUGCUCAACGUCCUGAAAGUUCUGGUGUAUGCGGGUUCAGCAGAAAAGUUGAAGGAUAUCUGCGAUGCUAAUGAGGUCAGCUGUUUGAAAAUAAAUGAAACGAUUUCCGGAGAACUCGACGAGUAUGAUGGUGGGUUUACCGUCAUCACCCUCAUUGAAAUCUUCUGCCUAAUCCUGAUCAUCGUGGCCGCUGCCUUGUUCCUCAAGGGCAUCAGUGACAACAAGCCCUCCUGGAUGGUGUGGCACAUCCGCAUCGGCCUCUACCACAUCAGCUUUGUCCUCGUGAUGGCCGUCAUCUGGGCUGUGCAAGUCGGUGGCUUCCUCGGUUUCAUCGUAUUUUUAUUGACCACCAUCACUGCCGCCCUGCCCCUGUACUGCCUCAUCUGCGCCAACAGCCUGCACGUCAAGAUGUGCAAGGAGUCGGAGGUGCAGGCCGUGACCCCCGCUGCCUACACCUCGGCGCCAGCCUUUCAGUACGGAGCCAAGGGAGCGGACCCACUCAAUGGAGCGCGUCUAAACGAAUAUUCAUACGACUAAGCCGUUCAAAGAAAAGGAAAUUAGUCGGUACUACUCCCUGGCACCUAAUUAUGUUGUACACUUACUUUCGCUGCAUGCAGUCAAUGUACUCUGCAUCCACCGACUUUGAAAUACCUGUAAUACCAGAGUUGCCCACAAUAAUUUCGUGGAACGCAAUGCAACAAAGAUCGACCCAAUUGUGACAUGACAAUAAUAAAUAAUAACGGGACUACAUAUUUAUA